AUGGUGUCGUUUUUUGGAUUGAAGCUCGGUGCUGAUAAGAAGAAGAAAGCCGAGAAGGCCGCCGAGCAAAAGCCUCAAUGGAAGAAGAUUGACCAGAACCUCCUCGGCCAAGGCCAGUUCUUUGGAAAGGACCUUGAUCGCCCCGUCCCCGUCGAUGGGUCCCGUCCCGGCACUGCCAUGUCUAGCAAGAGCUUCAUCGCCAGCUUUCGUCAGCCGAAAGCGCCAUAUAUGAAUGGUGGCUCGUCCUCGCUGGUCGAUCUUGGUGCGCCAGGCGGCGGCAAGGGUAUCAGGCCUGUCGGAUCCGAGGCUAACCUGAACAUGCGGUGGAAUAACAGCUCGGUCACAAGUCUGCAGAACAUUGCGAGUCCACCCAUCAUCACCGGUGGCAGCAGACCAGGAAGCAGAGCAGGGACCCCUACCUCCAUCAGUCGAAAGGUUUGGGUCAAUCCUCUCGACGUUCACUUCGCUCGUGACAAUGCUGGUUCGAGAAGUGAGGGUACCCUCAGCCCGGCUCCAAGUGCCGCGCCGAGUGGCUAUCACUCUACGACCAGCCUGUCCCCGCUUCCCACUCCGACCGUCGCCAACGCACCCCGCAGCCCGCUGGGCCAAUUCGAGUUCAACUUGAACCCGUCAGAAACAUCCAAAGAUGACAAGUUGGCACCCGCUCCGCUCUCGCCCUCCAAGGCGUAUCCUUCUCCUCCUCUGUCCGUCAACGGCUCCCUUCCGCGAUUGAGGACCGAUUUCAAACCGAAGACGUCCGUAAGCACCGUCCAUGAGGUACAUCAGCCCAGACCAGCCGCACUUCCGUCCCCGACCGCGUCGGCAGGACGCUGCAGUGACGAAGAGCAGCACUUCUACCCCAGGCCCAUCAUCCAGAAUGUUGCAGCAAAACGAGACACACUUACCAUCAUCACGCCUCGAAGGCAAAGCCUUUCGAUGGAUAUCGACGAAGACCCGACGGCGCUCAGUUUCGGUAUGAGAGAGGAGCAAAGUCCUACGGUCCCAGUGAGUCCGCCACCGAAAAGCGCUCGGCGGCCGCGUCCUCCGGAAAUGAAGAGUCUGCCUCAGGUGCCCCGGGAUGCUGGACCUCCGCCCCCGAGGCCACAGCAGGUCCCGUACGAAGGGCCAUUGCGAAUCACCGCUCAGGCUCCUGGUGAUGUGUUCAUUGUCAGGCAACCAACGGGCUGGGAUCUGCGGGAGAAAACGAAAUUUGAGCCGACAGGGAGAGUGGACUCCGAUGCCCGUGAUCGUCUCAACCUAGAUUACCGCGAACGGUCGGGCCCGGAUGGCCGGGAUAGGAGAGACUAUGAGGGCCGCACUCGCAACGACCGCCUUUACCUGCCCCAAGGAUAUCUCGGCCCUCCGCCCGUGUCGAGAAGGGUGGCGCCAGGUGAAGGCGAACGCAGCUACGGUAUCACGCCUGCAAACCGGCGUCGGCCUCCUCCACCUGUUGAGCUCCAACGCAAGGCGCCCAGCCCGCAGCCCCGGCCACCGGCCUCGGACGACCGCGAUAUUCAGCAAGGCAGCUUUGAUAUGGUCUCUCCUCGUAUGCAAACGCCCCAGCCGUCGACUCCCGAGGGCUUGACCCCGGAGCCUUUGACGGAUACGAACUGGCCGCUGCCGAGCCCUCUGGCAAGCCCGACGUUCGGAACAGGUCACCGGCCGCAUACACCAAGUGAGGGGUCGGAAGUUCAAAUGAGCCCUGGGCGCGAAGGAGCGCUCGAUGCCCGACGGCCGGACUUUGGAUUGAGGGCGCCAACAGGAAUUGCUGAUGAGUUCCGCGUAGGAUUCAUCUAG